AAAAAAUCCAAAUUUUGUUCCUCUGUCUUUCUCAUCUGCUUAGGGUUUGUGGCGCUGUUCGUUCUCCCACUCUCUUCCGACUUCUCUUUUUCAUCUCCAUCAGUAAAUCUCUCUAAAAGAUAAAGCUUCAUUUAGUUUCAAAAGCUUCGCUCUGUUCCAAUGGCGUCGAUUCUUCAAAAGCUCAUUAGAAAAUCGCCACCUACAAGAACAAUUGCUGCUCUCGCUAGCCAGACCUCACAAAAUCUCUCAUUGCCCUAUAUUCUUCACCAGCCUCUUGACAUUGAUAGGAAACCAGACGGCCAUUGUGAUUCUAAUUUAAACGCUGUUUCAACUUCGAAUCCGUCUCAAUUUUCGCUGUUCUUCCCUAGUUUUCCAUUUGGGCUUUGCUUGCAGCAAAUCUCCUCAACUGGCUCGAUUCGAUUCGAGCCGGAUUAUGUUGAAGAUGACGAUUCUCGGAAGCUGUGGGCUGAUAGCGUGAAGAAGAAGAGGAAACGCAAGAUGAACAAACACAAGUACAAGAAGCUAAGGAAGAGACUUCGUAGACAGACAUAGUUUCUUUAUUUGGUAAGACUAUAUAUAUUCUUUUUAGUCUUGUAGAAUGGGUUUAAAAAUUUUCCUUCGUCAUUGUUCUUAGUGGCCAAUUCUUAGAGAUUAUUGUUUCGAGCUUAAAGGAAGCUUUUCAUAGAUGUGCUUUUUGUUUUCCCUGAAUAAGUUUGGAAGUGUUGUGUUAACUUGAAGUACAAAUGAUUCAUACUUCCUGUGUAGGGGUUUAUUGCAGAUUUUGUUUUCAUUUU